AUGAGCGUCAAGCAGGGUGCAAGGGUCAGCCCUAAUGGUCGGUUCAGCCCCCCGCUAUCCUCCGCUUCCUCUGGUUCAAGACAGGCCUCCUCCGAUCUCCGUGAAAGUGAUGCAGUGUCGGAGCUGGACAAGAUCGCGGCCCUCCAGAAGAAGCACCAGCAGUUGGCAUCGUUGCGACGGCGGCUCGAGAGCGCUGAGGACCAGGUCGACUUCUACGUCGAUCUCUUCGCCAAAGUUCAGAUGGCAUGCAACGUCGCUAAGAGGAUAAGUGAGGACCAUGACAACGACUCGGAGCUCAAGGAUUGCCUUUCGCAGCUCCACAGCAUGCUGAUGUCGCAGCCACCCUCACUUCAGGGCGUUCAUGUUCAGCCGUUCUUCCACCUUCCUCCUCCUCCUGCUCCUUCCGCUCUUCCUCUUGCUAACCAGGAGGACGCGGUUCCCAGCAAGCACGCCGAUGUCGUCAGUGACAUCAUUUCCCAUGCUCCUCAGAAGAGCACUGACAGGGCGGGUGCGAUCCCUCAUGCGCGGAUGGAGGGCAAGCAGAGCAGGGUUGUGACUCGCCAGUCUGUUCCUGACAGCUCCUCUCCGAAGAUGAGCGGAAGGAACAGGGUGAAGGCAAAGUCAAGCACAACCAUGAUGCUGUAA